UCUAUUUAAAACUAAAAACCCCAUAGAUAGUAAGUGAACUCUGACAUUGAUCCGCUAAUGAGAAACUCCUAAAACGAGCAUUUGCGCUUGUUUUGUAACUGGAUCAUGUUGUUAAAUCUGUGUGUGCUGUUAAUUUUUUAUUCCAGUGGUAUGGUGUUAUCGGCACCGGACCACUCAGAUGAUGUCUACUGGCGUGACUACAACGGGGACGUACCAAACGACGCGCUACCCGGGGGUUUGGAUCGCGACCGCAAUCCGACGUAUAUCGGGCAGGUGGUAGCCCAAGGAGCGAUUAUACCCGGUCAAAUUUUCGGAGGUGCUCAAAAGAUUUAUUACCAAGGCGAUUACUCUGCGCGCGAAGCAACCGAAAAUAUUAAAAUCCUCUGCACGAGGAAACCAGAAAAUGUAGAGUGGGUUAAGACGACCGGCGCUGAUAUCAGGCACAUAGCCCUCCCACGACUAAUACCGGGCGGCUAUCAAUAUAGCGGCCACAUGUACAUUGGUAGAGGUAUUGCGGGCAAUGUUUUAUCCGUUGGAAAGGUCACUAUUCCCACUGAAAGGUCGAGACAGGCCACAUUUAAAGCUUCGGUGGAUGGGGAUUCGUACAGCCCAAACGAGUUCGAGGUGCUCUGUCACCGAAUGAGGAAUCCGGAUGUUGCGGAUUCGUCAUCUAAGGUUUCAUUCGGUUUCGCACUAGCGAGCUUGAUAGUAUUGGUACUUUUACUGUAGAUUUUAGGCAAUAUUGUUGAAUUAUAGCAGCUUGUAGUCUUGG